AUGCUGUCUCCCAGCUGGGCGUCUCCCAGUAUGUCUUGCACGUCAGAAAUCGUCAACGAAGUGCCGCCUCCUCCGCUCGAAGUCUGGUCAAGCUCUUCGAGGGCGGCAACAGCUAGUUACCGUCAGCCUAGCCGGCACGAAUAGUCGCAAAGGAAUCUCACUUCCUAGUGUCUCAACGAGGCCGGUGAACAUUAUUGGGUGUCGGUGAUGUUCGGGUGGAAGAUGGAGAGAUUUGAACUGCCUCGGUGAGGGGAGCUUUCGGGUUUCUAUCGCGGGGCAGCUUCUGGUCUCCAUGACCAAUACACCUCACAUUUCAAUCCUUGCAAAGCAGGCCAUCCAACAGAAAUCAUGGCAGGUUUACUUCUCAAGCAGUCUAGAAGAGCAAUCCAAGCUUCAUUGCGCUCGUCCAGGUCCAAUUGGCUCUACAAAAGCGUAAGACGACAAUUUACAACAGCCGCGAUGAACGCAGAUGCAUCAACACUACCUCUGGCAGGAAUCAAAGUUCUAGACAUGACCAGAGUUCUUGCUGGACCUUACUGUACGCAAAUCUUGGGUGACCUUGGUGCAGAAGUGAUUAAGAUUGAGCAUCCAACACGAGGGGAUGAUACCCGAGCCUGGGGACCGCCUUACGCUAAGCACAUAUGUGGAGAAAACACCGCAGGCCCAGGAGAGAGCGCUUACUAUCUCGCCGUGAACAGGAAUAAGAAGUCGUUGGGCUUGUCUUUUGCGCAUCCUGCGGGAGUUGAUAUCCUGCAUCGGCUGGCUAGAGAAUGCGAUAUAUUAGUCGAAAACUACCUACCAGGGUCACUGGACAAGUACGCCAUGGACUACCCGACUAUAUCCAAAAUCAAUCCUUCUCUCGUCUAUGCUAGCAUCACAGGCUAUGGCCAAACGGGUCCUUAUCGAAACCGGGCUGGGUACGAUGUCAUGGUUGAAGCUGAAAUGGGGCUGAUGCACAUCACCGGAGCCAGGGAUGGCCCACCGGUCAAGGUUGGCGUUGCGGUAACUGAUCUCACCACCGGACUAUAUACUUCGAACGCAAUCAUGGCAGCUCUCCUCGGGCGUAUGAAAUCGGGCAAAGGUCAGCAUAUUGAUGUUGCUCUUAGUGACUGCCAGGUUGCUACCCUCGCGAAUAUCGCCAGCUCAGCGCUCAUCAGCGGGCAAAAAGACUCUGGCAGAUGGGGCACUUCCCACCCAUCAAUUGUACCCUAUAAAGCAUUCAAAACUUCAGACGGCGAUAUACUGAUGGGUGGAGGAAACGAUCGGCUAUAUGGCAUCUUGUGUACAAAGAUCGAAAAACCAGAAUGGAUCAACGACGAAAGAUUUAAGACAAACGCGUUAAGAGUUAAGAAUCGAGAUGUGUUAGAAGACAUGAUUGAGAACGAGACGCGGAAGAAGAGCACGCAAGAGUGGCUUGAAAUUUUGGAAGGUUGCGGGAUGCCUUAUUCAGCCAUCAAUGACAUUCAGACUACCUUAAAUCAUGAACAUGUUCUCGCUCGUGAUAUGGUCAAAGAGGUUGAGCAUCCAGUAUGUGGUCCCAUGAGGCUGGUCAAUACUCCGGUGAAGUACUCAUUUUCGAAGCCGGGAAUUCGCAUGCCACCACCUACUCUGGGGCAACAUACGGAUGAGAUUUUGAAGGACACUCUCGGUAUGAAUGAGGAUGACAUUGAGAGUCUCCGGAGUGAAGGGGUUGUAGCGUAGGAAGGGGAACUUGAAAGUCUAAUCGCACCUCUGCUGACGGCAAGAUUGUGUGCGGUGCCGUACAUGAUUUGCUUCAAGAUAGGCAAAGAAUAGGUACUGGUUCCCUGGC